AUGAAGUUUCUGUCCAUUACCAACCUGAUUUUGACUGUGGGCCUGUUUUCCAGCCUAGAAGGAUCGCAUUUUCGGUUUACAAACUUUCAUUGCAAUAGUCUGGAUCCAGAUUUUGUGGAGGUCAAAGAGUGCUUCCUGAAAAUGGUGCGCCGAAAUGUCGUGGGCAUGAAUUUUCAUCUGGCAAUUAAACACAAUCAACCAAUCAACAAAAUUAAGUUCAACCUGAGCAUUUUUCGAAAGUCAAAUGUUUACAGAUUGUUUUUGAUAAAUCACACAAUUGACUUUUGCUAUUAUAUGCGUACACCACAGCAAUAUCCGAUUUUCUAUAUGUUCCAUGAAUCCUUAAUGGCUGCCACCAAUGCUAAUCACACGUGCCCAUAUUCCGAGAAGGAUAUUUAUGUGAAGAAAAUGAUAUUCAAUGAGCAGACAGUUAAGGACCUUCUUUCUUUCUUACCUGAAGGCGAAUACAAGCUGGUAGUAUCUGUUAGUGCUUUUGGAGUCUGGCGAUUACAGGUCAACGUCUACGGCGUGCGUGAUUAA